UCCAUCAAAGUUUGAGAUAUAUAUCAAUAUAUAUGAUCUCAGAAAUUUGUAUUUUUUUCAUCAUCAUGGCUAGAACAAAUCUAAUUUUCAGCUUCGCCUUUGCUGUUUUUAUUAUGUUGUCUUCACGGGUUUCAAAGCUUACUCAAGUGGUACCAAAGGUCGAGCCACUUGUCUUAAAAGCCCCAGGUGGAUUGGCAGCCUUGGAAAAGAACGGUAAAGAUCAAUCAGACUUACUAAAUGGUAAGUUUAACAGGGGUGGAACUGAAGGACUUACUGCAGCAAAUGGGUUAGCCCGUGUGAAUAAUGGUGGGGUUCUAGUUGCGGACUUGAAUAAAGGUGAGGUUACCCAUGGUCCAGAAUAUGAACAUGUAAAAAUCGCAGAUGGAGCGGUGUCUGAUGAUCGAAUUUCCAAGGUGGACUUAAAAAAAGGUCAGGUAACCACUGGUGAAAAAGCUGGGGUGAAUUUCCCGGGUGUGGCAAAUGUGAAUACAGGUACGUCGAUUGGGGUGAAUGUAAAGAAUGAAAAGGUAUCUAAGGAAGCGCCUGCAGAGAAGAAGAGUAAUGGAAACUACAAGUAGGAUGGAUGCAGACUGCAACAGAGGCAGGCUGCAUGUACCCGCUCAAUUUUUUUUCUUCAAAAUUUGUCUGAUUUGACGAAUGAUGUGUCAUGUUGUUGUGGUUGGCACAUUUUGCAUGUUCUUGAUUUAUUAAAGUUAAGGUAUUCGUUUA